GCCUGUACGUCACAUGACUUCUACGCGAGUUUCGGUAAACUGAUUUCCCGACUUCCUGUUUUGAGCAUGCAAUAUCACCGGUGACUUGUAUGUGGAUACAUUUACGAGAAUGGCGUCAGUGCCAAAUGGUGUGGAGAAGCACGCCCAGCGCAAUAAUUCAGAGGCACAUUUUCUUAGCAAAGAGGCCGUAUGGAGACAAUUUCAGCAAUAUGUAGUCGCUUUAAGGCCAUGGUCGUUUACGGCUUCAUUUACGCCAGUAGCUCUUGGCAGCACAUUGGCUUAUAAAACAUCGGAGGAGUUUAGCCUGUCAGUUUUCAUCAUCACCUGUUUGACAGCUCUGUCUGUACAUGCAGCCGGUAACCUUGUGAACACCUAUUUUGAUUACGUGAGAGGAAUUGACAAGAAAGUCAAUAGUGAUGACAGAACUCUGGUAGAUAUGAUCCUCACACCCGAUGACGUCGCCACACUAGGUGGUGUGUUUUAUAUAUUUGGAUGUAUGGGAUUCUUUAUUCUAACUCUCAUUUCUCCAGCAAGAAUGGAACAUUUAGCAUUGAUAUACUUUGGAGGACUCUCUAGCAGUUUCCUGUAUACUGGAGGAUUAGGACUAAAAUAUAUAGCACUUGGUGACAUUUUGAUCAUGCUUACUUUUGGACCAUUGACAGUGAUAUUUUCGUACUUAUCACAGACUGGGUACCUCUCCUUAGUUCCUAUGUUAUAUGCCUUUCCACUCGCAUUGAACACAGAAGCCAUAUUGCACUGUAACAAUACACGAGACAUGAUAUCUGACAAAAAAGCUGGCAUUGUAACUCUUGCCAUUUUAUUAGGAAAGACAGGAUCAUACCUUUUAUAUGUUGUGUUGGUGUUUGCACCAUACACAAUUUUUUGCCUAAUGGGAAUUCAUUGUUCAAAGUGGAUGUUUCUACCAGUGCUGACAAUAUUUAUGGCUUUCCAAGAAGAUCGAAAGUUUCGUCAAGGAAUCUACAACCCAAAAAAUACUGCCAAACUGAACUUGAUCCUAGGCUUAUUAUACAUAUUAGGAUGUGCUUUAUCUGACAGACUUUCAUUUAAAUCAUUGCUAUAAGGAUGUUUUAGGUUGGAAUCAAUAUACCUUUCCUUUUGAUUUGUGCGACAAUCAAUUAUAUGGAUGUAAAUAUACAAUUCUGCAAAGCUCUUUUGCAUAAAAUAAACUUUUAAAUUAAUUGACAACUAGUAUUUAAGUCUUUAUUCUUCUCCCUCUAGAACUUUUAAAAAACAAGCUAAUUUAAGAACAUAAAAGAAAUUUUAAAGAAUACAGUAGGAAUUGCAGAUAUGUACUUAGUGUUAAUAUCCUGAGUAUUAAUGAUAAUGUAGGCAAAUACAUGAAAUUCUACAGCAUUCAUUUUUAGUGGAAACAAUUUAUAACCAUUGAACUAGGUGUGCAGAUUUCUGAACCAUGGAAGGAGUGAAUGUUGUAUUAAAUGCAUUAUUUAUCUGAUCAUCUCCAUUAAGACACAUUCCCAAAUAAUUUUCUUACAAUAUCAUAAUCUAUUUUUCAGAGUGAAAUUUUAUUUUUGUAAAUUAUUGAAGCCUCAUGGAUAAUGCUGUAAGGCAAUAAACUUUCAGAAGAUUAGGUUUAAUUAGUAAGGCCAAGUAAACAAUGUGAUUGUUUCCACUGUGACAUGUUUGAUAGAAUUGGGGUAAGUUGGCAGAUAAACCUUAUAUUCUAGAUGUUGAUGUGUUCCAUUGGGUUUUUUUUUUUUUUUAAUGUUUUGUGAACAAUUAUAUGUAUCUGUGAAAGAUUCCUGUCCAUCAAUAAAAACCAGGACAUUGGUUCUCUUGUCCCUUUUUUAUAAGCCAAUCAAAAAUAUAAAUGUAAUG